UAAACGUCUAGACGAUGGAAACAAAAAGUCAACAUUUUGAAAGUCAAACUAAUCGGUCUCAGAAAACAAAAAUAACUUUGUGUGUUGAUGUUUUGGUCAAUAUACUCGUCGUCAAAACAUCCCUUCAAUUUCUCAGACCAAACACAGAGAAGAAACAAGUUGGAUCCAAACUCUCUACAACAAAAAGUAGUGAACGAGAGAAGCUCUCCCCAAGCGUUUAAUGGAUCCGUCGGAGCACUUCGCCGGCGGUAAUCCUUUCGAUCAACAGACUCCAAAACGUCAGCUUCAGAUCUGUGGCCCUCGUCCUUCACCUCUAAGCGUCAACAAAGACUCUCACAAGAUCAAGAAACCUCCCAGGCACCCUGCUCCACCUCCUCAGCAUCACCGCGACCAAGCUCCGCUCUACCCUCCUCGAGAGCCGGUGGUUAUCUACGCCGUCUCGCCGAAAGUCGUGCACACCACAACCUCCGAUUUCAUGAACGUCGUCCAGCGUCUCACCGGGAUCUCCUCCGAGGUCUUCCUCGAAUCAAGAAACGACGGAGAUGUAUCACCGGCGGCGAGACUCGCCGCGACGGAGAAUGCUAGCCCGAGAGGAGGAAAGGAACCGGUGGAAAGCUCGACGGCUAUGGAAGAAGCAGCUGAGUUCGGUUGUUAUGUGCCGGGAAUACUCUCGCCGUCUCCGGCUAUGUUACCGACCGUUCCCGCCGGAAUUUUCUCUCCGAUGUUUCACCUAGGUGGGUUGUUUUCGCCGGCGUUGCCGCCGGGAUUAUUUUCGCCGGCAGGAUUAAUGAGCCCUGGUUAUGCUAGUUUGGCGUCACCAAAUUUUGCUGAUUUCUUCAGUCACAUUUGGGAUCCUUAG